AUGAACAGGGUUAGUAAUGUACAUACUGCAUUAUCUACAGGUGUAGAUGCAGAUGCAUUCAUUCUAGAUCAUGCACCUCUGUAUGAGACUAUAUUUUAUUAUUAUAUGGGGUACUUAUUAUCUCCUUUUGCGAUGCUAUGUUUCCUAACUAACCUUAUAUUGAAUAGAGUAAUUGUAAUGUCUUCUGUACGUUAUAAGUAUGGUAAUCAUGGAAGACAUUCACGUUUGCCUCUAUGGUCAAAAGUGGUAGUCCAUGGUAGUACUUUAAUUCUUUUGGGACUAUGCUUUACACAAUUGUUAUGCGAGUUGGAUUUAACAAAUAUAUUUUUGAAGAUUAUCAAUGAAAACGAUGAUUCUACUUCCAUAUACAUAAGAUUGCUGGCUGUGAUAGCUUUUUCACACAUAAUUGAGGCAUUUAUGACUACCACAUCGAAUGUUGCCACAUUAUAUGACUUUGAUUAUUCAUUAUUUGAAAUGGCAUUGCAAUACUAUUUAUAUAUGGUAUCUUUAAAACAUAGAGCACCAUUAUCCCAAAUGGCUGAGAAUCUUACUCAUAAUCAAAUGCUUCUGGAUUCAUUGGCUGUAAUAACCAAUAAUAUAGUGAUUCAUAUUGCAGAAUUAUUAAAUUUAAGGCAAUGUAGAUUGAUUUUAUCCAUUGUUACUAAUAUUAUUCAUUUUUAUUAUACAAAGAAUAAUAUUAUGGUAAUUUUAGGUACUAAUAGAUUAUACAUUACUUAUUUGAGACUAUUUUUCAAAUUUAUACCGACAAUUAUAAUAUUAUGGAAUAUUAUAUAUAUGUCAUUGGCAUUAUUUAUUCGUAAAUGUUUUUUGAAGGAUAUCUCUAAUCAAUUGCAAUUUUUCAAUGAGUUGAACAGUUUCUACAGAGCAAAUUCAGAUCAAGAAAUGACAAGAACUAUCAUGAUUUUAUCUAGACAGAUGUUAGAAAAUAGAUCUUCUUUUCAAAAGGACACAUAUACUAUAUCAGACUCCUUAAAUGAUGUCUUGGAGACCGAUGUCGAUUCCAACGGAACACAAAAUGGUAAUAUUUUUAUAAGUGGAUAUUUGAAUAAAUUACAAACUACACCUGAAGAUGUGACGAUUCAGGAAAAUAAGACGCCCAAUAGUAGUUCUAGUAGUACUCAGGAUAAGAGUGAUAACGAAAAUUAUAAAUUGAAUAUUCCUUUCUGUUUCACCAAACUUAAAUGGUCCGCAGAUAUAUUUUGUUUAUUACCAAAAACGAUUUGGGAUGUAGCUAUUCAAAUAAUGAUGAUAGUAUUUAUAUUUUUAAGAAUUAAGAAAUUACCCAAUGUAGAAGAUGAAAAUACUGAUAAGCAUAGAAGAGGAGUCCACGAUCAUGACCAUCAUGUUAGGGAUCUCAAUAGGUUAAUUACAUCGCAUAACUAUCAUAAAUUUUUGACGAGAUAUGCAAUUGCUGCUGACGGGAAUCAAAAUAUCGAACAAUUUGAUUUACAUAAAUACUUAUUACCUGACAAUGAUACAUCCCCUGACUAUAGUUUACCAGAUGAAAUUCGGGAUCAUAACAAAGCGUUAAAGGCCCAAGAUAAAACUACAUUCAUUCCUACAGAUACUGAUGGAAUGAAGGAUGAGUUAGUUCAAUUGUUUUCUGAUUUUAAUUCCAACAUGAUGGAAUCCACAGAAAAUUUGAACUGGUACAAUUCCAUGUACUCUAUCUUAAAAUAUGAACUAGAAAAUGAUAAAGAAAGGGUAACAAGGUCUCAAUAUGGGGCGUCAAAUGAUGAAACUAUCUUGAAUGAAGUUGUUCUCGAGAGAUGGACUGCUAACGAAGAUUUACGUGAGCAAGUAAACGGAGAAAACUCGAACGUGUUUGAUGACUGCGAUGAUGAUGAUGAUGAUACGGAUGAAGAGUUAGAUUUAGUGUGUAUAGUCUGUUUGCAAGAAGUAAGGAAUGUUGUCUUUUGGCCUUGCAGAUGCUUAGCCAUAUGUAACGAUUGUCGAACAGCCCUUGGGUCAAGAGGGUUAACCACAUGUGUGGCUUGCAAAUCGGAUGUCAAGGGGUACACCAAGCUAAACAUAGUAUAA